AUGUCUGAUUCAAAAGAAUUGUCUGAAACAAUACAAUCAUUAAACCUCGAUGAUGAUGACGAUGAAAUAAACAAUCUUCUUCGGAAAGCUCUUAGUUCAAAACUUGAAAGUUCAGAACAAAUUAAAGUGAGAGAUGCUAUUCAUAAAUCAAUUGUAAAAGAAAAAUCAAAAGCAUUAUUAAAUCUUUUCAAGAAUAAUUCACAACAAUUCUUACAUUUGCUUCAAAAUAUCAAUGAUCUGGGAUCCAUAUUAGUUGAUAUAGCACACAAAAGCCAUAUAGAUGAAAGUCAAAUUCAAAAUUUAUUAAGUUUGAUUAGAAGUGAAAUAAGUCAAAAUAAGGAUGUUAAAUAUUAUUUGGGUUUAUACAGUAAUAUCAUUACUAAUUUCAAAUAUACCAAUCCUCAACACCUAGAUUUAUUUUUAAAAUAUGUAGGAAAUGAUAAAGAAUUAGAGAAUUUGAUUUUGGUAAUUAUAAUACAAGAUUUGCAAUUGUAUAAAAAAGAUACAGAAGAGACUAUUCAAGGAUAUUUGGAGUUAUUAGCUGAAGAUUUGAAUUUAUCAAGUACUCAGUUUAAAAAUCUAGUAUCUACUUUGUCAUUAUGUUUUCCAAUUGUUCCAGAACUUUGCUCAAAGAUUUAUAUGGAUGAUAAUACCAAAACGCAUAUUGCUCAACAUUUAAAUUCAACAAAUGAUAUACUCAUACUAAAAUUAUUUUCAAAUUCAUCAUUAGUUGAAAAUUGUAGAACAUUCACUGUAAACAAUUACUUUCAAUUUUUAUUAAAUUGUUUUAAAUCCAAAGAGGUUGAAAAAAAAAUAUUAGCAAGUUUAGUUUUGGUAAAAUUAUGGACAUUUAUUCAAGUUGAACAAAAAUCACAAAUUAAAAUUACAGAUUUAGCUGAGGAUUUUUUAUUAUAUAUUGAUGAUAAUAAUAAUGAUUUUGAAAUUUUAGAAUAUUCAAUUGAAGGAUUAAUUUAUUUAAGUUUAUUUUGGGAAGUUCGGGAAUUGAUGAGAGUUGAUGUUACAUUUAUUGAGAAUUUAAUUAAAAUUUUAAAAAAUGUAUCAAGUGCCAAUAAUGUUAAUUCAUCUAUUCAAUAUGGUAUAUUAUCAAUAUUAUCAAAUAUAACAAAAUUAAAAGAACCUGAACAACAAAAUCCAAAAUCAAAAUUAAAAAAUGUAACAACUCCACAAACUGGUUCUCAAAGUCAAGAAGAAAAUCAAGAAAAUAUUAAAUUAUUCAAUAAAGACUUACUUAUUGAUGAUCAUAUAAUUUCAAUUUUAACUACAUUAAAGACUUAUCAAUCUUCAAGUAAUAAUAAUUUAAAUGAAGUAAUAAAUAUAAUUUAUAAUUUAUCUUUUGAUCAAUCUAAACUGACAAGAGUGGAAUUAGUAAAACAAGGAGCAUUAAAAGUAGUAAUCAGUUACUUAGUUAAAAAUAGUGUUAUUAAAAGAGUAGAGAAUAGAGUUAUAUCUAAUCCAUCAAAAGAUGAUAUAAUUCCUGAAAUACGAUUAAAAGCUAUUAGAAGUUUAUCAAGGAUGUUAAUUUGUAUAAAUCCAGAAUUAGCUUUUGAACAUUUUGAUAUAAAGACAUGUAUACCAUUUUUAAUUGAACUUUUAGGUUCUAAUAAUGCUACGGAAAAAGAUUCAAUUUUUUAUUCAGAAGAUGAUUUAACCACGUUAGAUAAAUAUGAAUCAUUAUUAUCAUUAACAAAUAUUGCAAGUAUAGAUAAAUCAGAUUUAAAAAUAUUUAUUAUAUAUGAAAUUUUACCAUUUAUUGAUUCAUUAAUUUUAUUAAAUGAUAUAAUUCAAAUUUCAAUUUAUGAAUUAUUAAAUAAUUUAAUAUCUGAACCUAUAUUAUUAUCAAAAUUUUACAAUCUACAGUCAAAUUCAAACAAGCAAAGAUUGAUUAUUACUUUGAAGUUGUUAGGCUCUGAAAAUUUAAAUUUACAAAUUAUAAUUGCUAAAUUCUUGGUUAAUUCUACUAAUUUUGAUAUGAUUAAUGAUGUUUUAAUUGAUAAUAAAGAUAUAUUUGAUGAAUUAUUUGAAAAUAUUCUACAAAUUAUUACAACUCAAUCGAAGGAUCAAGAUUUAAUCACACCCGUAUCAUAUAUAUUAGUCAAUUUAGCUUAUGCAUUAGCUAAUCAAAAUAAAUUAUCAAUAUUAAAAUCUGAAAAAUUUAGAAUCGGUUGUAAUAACGUAUUAAAGAAUGGGAAUAAUGAAAGUAAAGAAGCUAUAAAAAAUGUUCUUGAAUUAUGCAAUAAUAAUUAA